UUCAGCGGGGUGUCACUCACUCUGCCUCUCGCUCUCUCUCUGCCCCGUCAAGUCUUUCGUUUGGAAGUGGGGAUGACAAUGGCCGAGUGUUAACGCACCAUGGCCGCUCAAAGGAAUCUGGGGGAACUACGUGAAGUUAUGUGCAACAAGUCUGGAGAUUAUCUACUCAGCUGUUUAGACCACAGAAGGGAACUUUUAUGCAACACGUUUGGAGAAGUUUGGAAGAGGAACUAAACUGGAUUUGUAGUGUUUGUUUUUGAGACAUGGCUCUGUCCCAGGUACAGUGCCUGGACGAUAACCACGUGAACCUCCGGACCACCGAGUCCAAACCGGAGUUUUUGUACAGCGAGGACCAGCGGGUCGCGCUCGAGGCUUUUCUUCGAGAUGGUCGCGAGGCGUUUGUUAAGUACUUGGAGGCUCGCACCUUGCGCGGCUUUCUGUCGGACCUGGAGUUGGACUCUCUCGCGGAAACGGUGGAGCCCUAUGACCCGGGCACGGACAUCUUCCCGGAGGACGGCGGGGACGACCAGUCCCCGCUGUCUCUGCACUACUGGCCCGAGUUGUCGGAUAGGUCCAUCCCGCAGAUGGACCUGGGUUGGCCGGACUGCGCUUCUUACCGGGGGGUCACGCGCACAGCCGUGUACACGCAGCCACCCCUGGAUGAUCAGGCUCACAUCAAGGAGGUCGUCAGGAAAAUGAUUGCGCAGGCGCAAAAGGUUAUAGGAGUAGUGAUGGAUGUGUUUACUGAUGUUGACAUCUUCAGGGAUUUGCUUGAUGCUGGUUUCAAGAGGAAGGUUUCUGUCUACAUCCUUUUGGAAAGCUCAACACUACCUCAUUUCCGGUCCAUGUGUCAGAGGGCACAAAUGCACGCCGGACACCUCAAGAACCUCAGGGUACGCUGCACAGAUGGAGCAGAGUUCUACACCCGGUCCUGUUCUAAGAUCAGAGGGCGAAUGGGACACAGAUUCAUGUUCAUCGAUGGAGACAAAGCUGUGUCUGGGUCUUACAGUUUCACUUGGUCUGCAUCGAGGCUGGACAGAAAUCUCAUCACCGUGGUUACAGGCCAGGCAGUGGAGUCCUUUGACAAGCUGUUUCGAGUCCUCUACGCAACCUCCAACUCAGUAGACCUCCGUAAGGACGCCAUCGAGCCUGAACCUGAAUCGGAACCCAUCCCAGCGCCGGUCGCAGUCGUCCCUCCUUCUGCUGAAAUGGUUAGGAAACUGUACAGUGCCAAAUAUGUUGCUAUGGGCAACCCACACACCACUCCUCCUCCAAAGACCAACAAUCCAGAGGACUCCAAGAACCAGGGAACCAAGAAUCAUGGGGGGAAAGGGGCUAAUAAAGAAUCUACACAGGAGGCUCCGCCCAUCCACCCUGGACUCAUAGAUCUAGAGAAAGUGUGCAUGAUGUCAUACCUGCCCACCUGGCCAGAGCCCGACCCGGCCAGUGAUGUAAUCGGGUUCAUUAACAUUCGUGAUAACAAAAAACAAAAUCAGGUCCAUCUACAGAGGUCGGAGAUGUAUGAAACCAGCCAAGCAGUCAGGUUCAGCAGUCCCUUCAGUAAGCCAAAAGAAACUCUGCCCGACGUCGCUAAGCCAAGAGACUUUACGACUAAACAGAAGGAGGUGAAUAAACUCCAACCAGCACAAGAUAAAACCAAGACUAAAGAGGUGGUGGUAGGUGUAGCCCAGCAAACUAAAACUAACAAAAGUCCUAGUGAGAUCAAAAGCAAAACAGAGGAACCUGUCAAGAAAUUACCUGCAUCCGGACCACAGUGUGAGUCCAACAAAGACACUACGACCACUCCCAACACUGAGAAUAAACAGCAUUCUAAUACCUUCCCCAAACAAGAUGCAGGCCACAACAACACACCUCACCUCAAUGCACACACUCCUCCCCAAUCCAGAAGCAGCGCAUCCACUCCUAACUCUAAGGGGUCUUCACAAACUGUCACCACCCUCUCUGAAUCAAACACUAAACCAGAAGUUGACAGUAUUUUAAACACACAACAGGAGGCUGUGAGCAGGAAACAAGCCCUGAAGGCGAGCUGUACACAAGACUCACACCUGCAUAGUCCCACUGAAGGGAACACAGAGCCGCCCCCACAAACAAAGCCAGUGCUGCCACAUAUGGACUCACAAUCGCAGGCUGAUCACACGCAGUCACAAAACUCCUCUGAAAUGACCCCUAUCAUCCAGACUCCCACCAUCAACAGCCACAAGUCUUCCCCACAGUCUGUCAGCUCCACCCCCCUCUUUGAAAACAGUCACGUCUCCAUCACUACAAGCAAGAGUCCCAAGUCUUCCAUUAUCUCUUCUUCCAUUCCCCCUCCUGCCCUCCCUUUGUCCCCAGCAUCCCCAUCUGAGACUUCAACACCACCCAUUCCUAAACCUCGUACUGUCCAUCUGGUUAUCAAGGGCGACCUCACCGACAAAGGCCAGAAAAUCCUGGAGAUCAGUGUUAUCCCAAUGGCUGAGACAAGCACAGCGCCGGAAAAGAUCAUAAAUACGCCUGCUGUAGCAACAACGGUGACAACAUUGCCUCAAAAAGUUGCUGAGACAGUCCCAGAACAGCAGAACAACAGCAAACGCGAGGUAAGGGCGCAGAAAAUGGCAAAGGACAUUUUAAAUAUGGUCGAAGCACCACAACAAAAGCAGAGUGGGACUUCCCAAAAUACAAUGAAUGAGAAAGCAGUUGGAGGCGAUGACAGAGCAGGAAUGCAAUCGAUAGCCGGAAACAAAGCCAAGUCAGAUGUUUUGAUAAUAAAAGUAAAGAAUGUGAUUACUCAAGAAGUCAUUCCAAAAAGUGUCAAGCCCAAGACUUUGGUGUCAAUGGAUGUCGAACUAACCCCACAGAAAGAUAGUGUUGCAAAAGUACACGUACCACAGAGAAUAUCGUAUAGUGAGUUACCUGCACCAGUUAACGAUAUAUCAGAUACUGUGGACUCUUUAAAAGCACCAACACACACUCCUAUUUCUGCCACACACAUAUUUAAAGACAGUGCUGGUGAUAGCACACACACAGUUACACACAAUCAGCAAAGUAAUCCAAGUUUAACACCCGAUCGCCCCACAGACGGCAUGCCAGAUACUGACAAGCAUAACAGUCACAACAACAUUCAAGAAAAACCCUCUAAAGGACCAGGAGGCACACACACACCUGAGAAACCCCUGCGAUUACAUCUCUCUGAAAUACACACGCCAGACUUGCUUUCACCGACAUCAGAGAGAGGAUUGCAGUCACUCAUGGCUCUGACCCGCUGUGCCACCCCGGAUGGAUUUCUCCCACGUACGCCGUCCACCCCAGACUUUCGCACGCCUACCCCCGAUUCUCACGCAUACACUCUAGACUUUCGAACGCCAACACCUGACGGGUAUUCAUCACCAAGAACAGACUCCGCUCUCUCCACCGCUUCGGAGGAGUUUUACGAAUGUUGCGACUCCCCUUUCCAAGAGCCUGUUUUGGAGCGAUUAGCUUCCCUGAACCACGCAAUGACAGAGGAGCAUAUUAGCUUAGCACACACGAAUAACGCUAAUGCUACCAGUCCUGUAUACAUAAAUUCAAACUCUCCUGCUGGUACAUUCGGCACUAUAGACAGGUAUACCUCUAGCACUGAAACAGAAAGUUUAGAGCGAAAGCGAUCAUCCACCGGUGACAUUCAACCCACGAAAGAGAGACCGGACACAGAGAAGGCCGGGGACAGCGUGGAGAGGAUGGGUAGAACUCAGGCGACUGAAGGACAAAAGCGAACACCAGUCGCAUAAAAGGUAAGCACAGCUAAACCAAGUUUUCAAGGGGACGUGCCGCACAUCUAACAGGUGGUAGUGAAAGUAGUUUUAGACUAGAAUCAUUUUUACCCUAUUCUCCUGUAGUGUCUUGCAAAAUCCACUUUGGAAAUGUCUUCUUAAUAACUUAAUAACUAAAUAAUAACUCAAAUUUCCAUUUACCCUUAAUCCUAUCUAUAUUUGUAUGCCUGUAUUUUCUGAUGUAUUGAGCAUUACAAUAGCCUCUGACAUGUUACUAUAAUUAAAUGAUUUGUGUAAGAAAUUGUAACUAACUAACUAACUAACACAAUGAAGCUUCCACAGUUGAUUACUUGCGUUGAAACACUAUCUGAGAUCCUAAUUUUGAAACCAAUCAAUCCUGUUUCAAACGCAUCUUUUUCUAAUGAUCUUAUGUUUAAUAAAAUCACCUUGAACAUUAACAUGGUAUUGCUAUUAUUAAAUCCUCAAUUACAUAUACUGCCAUAACCCAAAUUAAUUUAACAUGCUAAUCAGAAUAAUACUAAAUCAGCCGUUGGUUUAUACAAAUUAAAUGUCCUAUUGGAAAAUUGAAUCAAUCUCACUGUGUGUGUGUGUGUGUGUGUGUGUGUGUGUGUGUGUGUGUGUGUGUGUGUGU